CUGAAUACGAAUGCAACCAUGGCUACAUACUGUCUGGAGGCAGAGUACGGAGAUGUGGACUAAAUGGCAUAUGGGGCGGAGAGGCACCCACAUGCAUACGGCCUCCACCUUCAGAGAUUGACUGUGGACAGCCACCCUUCUUACCGAAUGGGCAGUUCACCCUCUCAACGGGCACCAUUGGAGGGUCGCGUGCCACCUACACUUGCUUCAGAGGCUACAGGAUCGUGGGGAGCACAACUCGCACGUGUCUCGCCACUGGGCAGUGGUCUCGGGAAUCUAUCAGCUGCAGAAUCAUCGAUUGUGGCAUUCUCCCUCCCAUCCCCAACGGUGGAGUCACAACCACUGGGACUGAGAUUGAUGCCCAGGCAACUUACAGCUGCAACGGAGGGUUUGUAUUGCAGGGGGUAGAGAUACGAAUCUGCCAGGGGAACGGCCUUUGGUCAGUCGAGGCUCCUUCUUGCAUCCCAAGACAAGUGUUCACUUGUGUAGAGCUGGAGGCUCCAGAAAACGGCGAGGUAUCGGUGUCAGGGUUAACCGUGGGCUCUGUGGCAAGCUACCGCUGCAACAAUGGCUUCAUUCUGGUUGGAACUACCUCCAGAAGAUGCCACGAAGGGGCCCGUGGUGGAUGGACAGGAAACGCUCCAACCUGCCAACGUGUUGACUGUGGUCUGCUAGAGCCACCGCAGAACGGUCAGGUAAUGGUGAUGGGUACAACGCUCGGCUCACGGG